AUGAAAGGAAGACUCGCGUUUGUCUUUGGAAUAUUUCUUAUUUGCAUGGCUCACAUGCUGAGCUGGAAUGAAGCUGUCGAGUUCAAGUUUACCAAUGCGGUGUGUGAGAGCUGGAAUAAAACUAAUAUUUUGGUUGAAGUUCAAAUGUUCAAAAAGGCCAAUGGCUACAAGCCUUGGCUUAUUAAGACGGCCGUGGAUGCCUGUCGAUUUGUGAAAAAGUCGUACAAUCCAUUCGCUAUCCUCGUCUAUAAUCUAUUUAAGGAGUUCUCUAAUAUCAAUCACACAUGCCCCUAUAUGAUCGGUUGUGAUGUGAAGAGGAAUACCGUACUGAGCGAACCAGCCCGAUAUCAGUGCGUUGGCUACAGAUUUUGCUGUGAUGUCUACUAA